CCAAGACACCAGCUGCAGAGACGACAGAGGAUGGAUGCAGUGAUUAGAAAGACACAAAACCUGUUUAUCAGCUGAAAAGGUCAACUUGCUGUGCUGGAUUCAAAGUUGUUUUUUUUUUUUUAAUUUUCUCCAGUAAUGGAAAAAGAUCUAAGGCGGAAAAUGGAAUAUAGAUUGGAGUUAAUAGUGCUUCUUGUUUUGAUGACAGCAGCUUCAUCUGUUGCCUCGAGCAGCCAAGAUCUCACAGAAGCAGUGGCGUAUUUAAAGAAGUUUGGCUACCUGCACAUCCCACUGGAUAGCAAAGGCCAAAACCCUUCACCUGAGCAAACAGCUGAAGCAAUAAGCAUCUUUCAGAAAGUGAUGAACCUGCAAAUAUCUGGAAAACUGAAUUCAGCCACACUGGAAAUGAUGAACAAGCCUCGUUGUGGUCUAGAAGAUUCUUUCAAUCAGAAAUCUCUCAAAUAUCGAGUCAUGGGUUACUGGCGUAAGAAGAUGCUCACCUACCGCAUUUACAAUUACACUCCCGACCUGGGGCAGUUAAAGACCCGUCUGGCCAUCCAGAAUGCUUUCAAGUAUUGGAGUGAUGUGUCGCCUUUGAAAUUCAAGGAGUUGCAUGGAGGAAGAGCAGACAUCAAAAUUUCCUUUCACAAAAAAGAUAAGACGUGUCCAGUGCCCUUUGAUGGACGAGGCCAUGUCUUAGCCCAUGCUGAUGCCCCUGAGUCAGGCAUUGUGCACUUUGAUGAGGAUGAACUGUGGACAGAAGGAAAGACCUACGGUUCCAACCUGAGGAUUGUGGCAGCUCAUGAGAUUGGCCACGCUCUCGGCCUGGGUCACUCACAGUACUACAGCGCUCUGAUGGGCCCCGUAUACAACGGAUACCGCUCCGACUUCAAGCUACAUCCAGAUGACAUACGAGGGAUCCAGGCUUUAUACGGAAAACCAGAGAAGAGUCCUCCAUCCCCAAAUCCAGGCCAGUCAUUGCCAGGAGGAGUUAUUCCAGAUCCUUGCAAGGCCACUCUGGAUGCAGUUAUGUUGGGCCCUUUGCGUAAAACAUACAUUUUCAGCAGGCAGCAUGUGUGGACAGUGUCCAACUCUGGCUACAACACUCCCAUCCUGAUUUCUGCACUGUGGAGGGAGCUGCCAGGAAGCCUCAGUGCAGCUGUUCACUCUCAGCGGACUGGCAAGUCCUAUUUUCUGAAAGGAGACAAAGUGUGGAGAUACACAGGCUUCAAACUUGACCGCGGCUUCCCCAAACCUUUGGCCAACAUCCCAACAAAUAUCGACUCAGCCUUUUACUUCAAUAAGAACAAAAAACUGAUCUUUGUAAAAGGCUCUGCAUACUGGCAGUGGGAUGAAAUGGGUCCCACAGACUUCAGCGUAUAUCCCAAACCUCUGGGGCAGCUCAUCCGUGGAGCACCCAGCAGCACCGACGCUGCACUAACGUGGACUAAUGGCCAUAUAUAUAUGUUUAAAGGGGCCCAGUACUGGCGGGUAAACCAUCAGCACCAGUCAGUAGAGAAGGGUUAUCCUGUCAGCACUGCCUCACGCUGGAUGCAGUGUGACGACUGAGCCAGCAGAGGCCACCAGGGACUCAACACAAACCAACUCAGCAGUGAGACGCCUCCAGUCUUUGCAUCGGCUGAACUGUGUGGGUGUUUACUGACUGUAUCUGACAUCAGCCUCAGUCCCCUGUUAGCUCACAUUGCUGUCAUUUCUUUUAGGAUAUACUCUUAAAGCCUUCAUAGAAUUGAAUUAUAACUAGACUAUUAAUAAAAUAUUUGUCUAGCUGUCAGAAUUUGACAUAUUAACUCCCCCUCCUUCACUUAAACAAUAUUAGUCACACAGAGAAGAACCAGUCUGACACUAACAAGAGUGUAUCUUUGCCAUUAGUUUAACUAGUUAUCCCUUUGUCUGCAUGUAUCUUGUUUAAACACUUAUUUGUGUGGACUGUAGCAAACUACCAUGUGCAGUAUUUAUUGGAGGAAGUGUACUGUAUCAUUGUGUGCAUAUUUAUUAUGUUGUCUAUAUGAAAUUUACUAAAUAUGUUUUUAUGGUAUCUUGUUGACAUAUAACUAGGGAUAGUAGAUGAAAAUUGGUUUACAUGGAUAACAGUGACUAUUAAAAGUUAUUUUCAUUUAAGGUAAUUAAAUAAAAUGAGUGCAGUUGUGGAUAAAUAACUUACGGCUUUGGGUUACUGAUGGAAGUCAAGGGUUCACCUCCAGAACUGCAGAGCUCUGAUGGACCCCAAACCUGAUCUGCUCCAACUCUGACUGUAAUUUUAUAACAAAGCUGGGUUACGACCAAAUGACGAGAUUAUGAAAAUGAUGAAAAUACAGAAUUUCACUGUGGCGUGAUGUGUAAGUGACAACGAAGACUGCCUCUUCUCAAU